AUGGCUUCAGGGACAGAAGUGGUGAGUGCUAAUGCCCAUGGAUGCUGCAACAAAGGACCAGGUUAUGCUACUCCUCUUGAAGCAAUGUCUGGUCCAAGGGAGUCACUUCUCUAUGUCACUUGUGUGUACGCUGGAACGGGAAUAGAGAAGCCUGAUUAUCUAGCCACAUUGGAUGUGGAUCCCAACUCACCUACAUAUUCGAAAGUUAUCCACAGGCUACCUAUGCCGAACAUAGGAGAUGAACUGCAUCAUUCAGGGUGGAAUUCUUGCAGCUCUUGCCAUGGAGAUCCAUCAGCAGCUAGGCGUUAUCUGAUCCUUCCUUCGUUGAUAUCUGGUCGCAUCUAUGCAGUUGACACCCAAAAAGAUCCAAGGGCUCCCUCAUUGCAUAAAGUUGUUGAGCCUGCGGAUAUUGUAAAUAAGACAGGAUUAGCAUAUCCACACACAUCACAUUGCCUUGCUUCUGGAGAUGUCCUGGUAUCAUGCCUGGGAGAUAAAGAUGGAAAUGCAGAGGGAAAUGGAUUUCUUCUACUUGAUUCAGAAUUCAACGUAAAGGGGAGGUGGGAGAAACCAGGGCACAGUCCGAUGUUUGGUUAUGAUUUCUGGUACCAACCUCGACACAACACCAUGAUUAGCUCAUCAUGGGGAGCUCCUGCAGCCUUCACUAAAGGCUUUAAUCUGCAACAUGUUUCAGAUGGUCUCUACGGGAGGCAUUUGCAUGUCUACAGUUGGCCAAAUGGUGAACUGAAACAAACAUUGGAUCUUGGCAGUACAGGACUCUUGCCAUUGGAGAUAAGGUUCCUGCACGAUCCUUCUAAAGAUACAGGGUUUGUUGGGUGUGCCUUAACAAGUAACAUGGUACGAUUUUUCAUGACCCCUGAUGGAUCAUGGAGCCAUGAGGUGGCAAUAUCAGUGAAACCAUUGAAGGUGCAAAACUGGAUUCUUCCAGAAAUGCCAGGGCUCAUAACUGAUUUUCUCAUCUCUCUUGAUGAUCGGUUUCUGUACUUUGUCAACUGGCUACACGGAGAUAAAGGAAGCCCUAUAGUGGCUGAGGGUGAAGAUGGCAAAACCUGGCAGUAUGAGGUUCCAGAAAUCCAGGGACAUCGACUGAGAGGAGGGCCUCAAAUGAUUCAGCUAAGUUUAGACGGGAAGCGGCUUUAUGUUACCAACUCCCUUUUCAGUGCCUGGGAUCGUCAAUUUUAUCCAGAACUUGUGGAGAAAGGAUCUCACAUGUUACAGAUAGAUGUUGACACUGAGAAAGGUGGUCUCGCAAUAAAUCUGAACUAUUUUGUAGACUUUGCAGCUGAACCGGAUGGUCCUUCCCUAGCCCAUGAGAUGAGAUACCCAGGAGGUGACUGCACAUCAGAUAUAUGGAUCUAA